AUGACCAAUGGUCACAUCAAGCCGAAGCAUUGGAAGGGAGUGAAACUCGGAAUGAGCCCUCCGAAUCAACCCGAGACAAGGGGGCCGAGACCGUUAGUUAUGCCGGUUAAGUGGCACCCCCCGGUACGCACAUGGAUCAAGCUUAACACGGAUGGGGCGUUCUUUGAGGCAACAAACAAGGGUGGCGGAAGGGGUCUUGUUUGGGACCACAAUGGGAAAUUACUUGCAGCAUUUGCAACCCCCCUCGUCGUUCAAUCGGCUCUUGAGGCCGAGCUCAUGGCCAUACACUAUGGGUUGGAGGUAGCGAAGGCGUUCAACCUACCCAUAUGGAUUGAAUCAGAUGCGGAACAAGCUAUUAAGUUGCUCAAUGGCACGACUUGGGGCCCGACACAAGUUCGCCGCGUCAUGGCCCUUUUGCAUGGCUUCAAACGUGGACAUAUUUUCCAGGCCACCUUCAUUCAUAGGGAGGGCAACAAAGCGGCUGAUAUGCUCGCCAAAAUGGGAGUGGAACAAGAUAAUUUCCAACAAAUGUCCCCACAAAAUGUUCCAAGAAGGAUUAGAGCCAUGCCUUGGGCUUCCCACUAA